AUGACUGGUGUUUAUGCUGACGAUCAGCCUGCGAGCGCCUCCAAUCAUAUCAAGAACGUAGCCGUUGUUGGAGCAGCUGGUGGACAAGGAUCUUAUAUCACUGCUGAGCUUCUCAAAACUGGACAACACAAUGUCACUGCUAUAACGCGUUUGGAAAGCACUAGCACCUUCCCCAAUGGGAUCAUGGUUGCAAAAGUCAACUACGAUGAGCACAACUCCUUGACAAAUGCCAUGCGUGGACAAGAUGCCUUGAUAAUCACCAUGAAUGCUAGAGCACCACAGGAGUCCGUCACGAAGCUUGUAGAAGCAGCCGUUGACGCAAACGUCCCCUGGAUCUUACCUAAUGAGUGGGGCUAUGAUUACACCGACCCCGAUGUGAACAGAGACACCAUGCUCGGAGACAGCCAAUUGGCAAUCAGGAAAUUGAUCGAAUCGAAGACCACCAAGACCGCAUGGAUCGCCGUAGCUUGCGGGUUCUGGUACGAUUACAGUCUAGUAGCCGGGGUGUCCACAUUUGGCUUUGACUUCGAGAAUAAGGAAGUCACCUUCUACAACGACGGGACUGCGAAGGUGUAUUGCAGCACUCUGCCCUAUGUCGGCCAAGCUGUUGCGAAAUUGUUGAGCCUGCCUAUAUCAGUAAAUGGCGCCGGCAAUGAACGCCCCUGUCUCGAGGACUACAGGAACAGCAUCUUCCGCGUCCACGCCUUUCACAUCAGUCAAGCGGAUAUGCUAUCUUCUGUCCUGAGAGUCACUGGUGGCAAGGAGGGUGACUGGACUAUCAAGCAUGUGACCCCGGAAGCUCGCUACGUUGAGGGCAAGACAAUGUUUGAGCAAAGGAAUAUGAUCGGGUACAGAGUGAUGCUCUAUUCAAGAUACUUCUACCCGUCACUUCCUGUCAAAAAACUAGAGGAUUAUUCUGAUGCGCGCCUAGGAUUGAAUCAACCGUCACUUGAUGAGGUGACCAAGUUGGCUGUCGACAAAGCGAUGGAAAAAUAG